CAGUGUGUUGUGGGGAUUUCUGAAGAGGAGUAUCUGCCUUCUCUGUGUCAGCGGGUUGUUUUGAUCAAGUUAGUUUUUAGAAGUGAAAAACAUGUCCUCUCCCGAGGUGGUUCUGGGUUUCCUUGAAGAAGCAGAACCGUGGCGGCUCCAGUCUCCGCAGUUCCCCAGCAAGGUCGGAGGGAAGCCGGCGUGGCUCAGCCAGAGGGGCCUGCCCGAGUCCGACCUGGAGUGUGAGAAAUGCGGGUUGCCCAUGGUCUUCCUGCUGCAGGUUUACGCACCCAUUUCGAGUCAGGACAGAAGUUUCCACAGGACGCUUUUCCUGUUCUGCUGCAGAACUCCUGAGUGUUACUCCCACAACGACAGCCGCUGCCUGAAAGUUUUCAGAAGUCAGCUCCCCAGGAAGAAUGACUUCUACUCCUACGACCCUCCUCCAGAUGAUGAACCACAGACCGUCUCUGAAGAGGACAACAACGUUUUAUCCGUCUCAGGAGUCAAGCUGUGCUGGGUGUGUGGUUGCCCUGGAAACAAGGCCUGCUCCCGCUGCCACACCGUGACCUACUGCGGUAAACACCACCAGACUGUCCACUGGAAACAUUCCCACAAGAAGGAGUGCCUGAGCGCAGCGCUGCCGUCGGCUUCUGUCUCUCCCUUCCUGUUCCCCGAGUCUGAGCUCGUCACUGAGCCUGAAGAGGGAGAGGAGGAAGGAGGCGACGCACAGAGUGGAGGGGAAGAAGAACAGAAAAGUACUGAAGGUCCUUCCUUGUCUGACACUCUGGCAGAAGCAGAUCUGGAGGAGAUGGCGUUGCACGAGACUGAAGACGACAAAGUGUUCCAGCGGUUCAAGAAGAAGAUCGCCUCCGAGCCGCACCAGGUGAUUCGUUACAGUCGAGGAGGCCGACCCCUCUGGGUCUCAUCCAGUCACGUCCCUGCAGUGGAGCAGAUCCCAGCAUGCAGCUGCGGCGCCAACAGGACCUUUGAGUUUCAGGUGAUGCCUCAGCUGUUAAGCAGCCUCUGCGUGGACUCGACCGGAGCCAGCGUCGACUGGGGAACCGUUACGGUCUACAGCUGCUCCGCCAGCUGUGACCAGGGAGACCAGUACCGCCCGGAGUUCGUCUGGAAGCAGGACUUUGAACUGAGUCAGCAAAGAGACACGUAGCGCCGACCUGCUGGCUGUGGUCGCAGAAAACAGAAGAUAAAGCACUCAAAUCGACACUUUCAAGUCCUUUGAGAUUGUUUUUUAUUUCAGUUUAAAAAUAAAAUAAGCUGGUAUUUAAUAAUUAUACAGUUUUAUUGAAAACUUUACUUCGAUUUAUCAGAGCUGGCUGAUGAAUCGAUUUUAUCCUAAUUAAUUUUCUGUUUGACUUUUGUAAUAUUUUUUUAAUGUACUCUUUGGGUUUAAAUUUUUCAGAACAACGGCCGUUUUGUUAGACAAGUGUGCUUCACAGCUAUUUAUUUGAAAAUUAAAUUCAGCUCAACUCAAAGAAUGAUUGAAGUAAGAGGGUUUUUUGAAGAUGUUUUAUAUUUUUAAAGGAAACAGUAAGCAGUAGAGACUGAAAUUAGAAAUAUGUCUUGCUGUAAAAUUGUAGAUAUUUUUUAAGCCAUGUCACCUAACCUUAUUUGGCAUAUUUGUUCGCUCAGGGUAUUACAUUUCAAAUAUAUUUAACCCUGGACUUUAAUUAGACCACUCAAAAGACCAAAUGUUUUGAUCCAUUCGGGUCAGAUGUUCUUCAGAAUUUUCUGCCUCAUUCAUUUUUGGAUGAUGGCUCUGACCGAUUUGUAACAAUUUUCUAACUAUUUGAAUGUCCAAAAUAAAACUUUUCUCUCCCAUUUUGAAUUUAUUUAGAUCAGAACAUGUUUUGCUUUUUGAAAUAUUUUUAGCCUACUUCAUGCUAAUCAGGCUCAGAUGUGGUUAAACUUUAACAUGUUUCUCAUAAUUAAACGAACAAUCGUUUCAUUCACUUAAAUAAAUUUAAUAAGAAUGUGACUUAAUAAAAAUAGUGUUACUGCAAAAGAAGACAGUUUUAACUGGAGGCAGUAUGUA